AUGAGCGGUAACAACCCUUAUGCCGUCAAUGGUGGGUACGGGGGACUUCGCCAGUCCAACGACUCCAAUCCAUAUGCCCCUACGAAUGCGGCCAACUCAGUCUCCGGCAGUCGCUACGCGGACCCGUACCUACAUCAGCAGAACAACGGUUCCUCUCCAUCCGUCAACAGUUUCGGACCCCAAGAGCGCAGGCGCAGAUCAAACCCGUAUGACCAGCGUGACCGAGAUUCACCCAGCCCACUACCCUCCACGCUGUCAGGUGCAGGAGGAGGGAGCAUCGCCGGCAGCUAUGGGGGUAUGCCGCGUGCAAGAUAUGGGGAGGCUGCCGCUCCUUCGAGAAACGAAUAUGACUAUGGAAGAGCAAGGGACCCCCAUGAGUACGAACAGAGACAGCCAACGCCAUCUUUCCGGGAUAGGGAGAGGGCUUACAACGAGAGUCAGAGAGCAUACAAUGAGGGUAGAGGUCGAGAUGGCAGGGAAAUGCGAGGGCAGAUGGCUCCGCCGUCCGCCAUGUCUUCGAAACCGAGUCAACCCGGUCCGAGCCAACAACCGCCGAUGAAUGGUUACACGGCGCACCAAAACUACCCUCCUUCAGAGUCUGCCAGCCGACAUUACUCGCCCCGACGUCCAGCAAAGAGCAUGGACGAAAUUCUGCGUCAUAUACAGUCAAAUUGGAAAGACAUGGAGGGUGACGAUUGUGUCCCGGUGAAGAUGGCCCUAAGGCUCAUGGAUCCCAGUUCGCUGGGCCUGGCUGAUAAAGAGGGCGACUUUGCCAACACACAUGUCGACCUGCAGAAGAGUCUGAAGACCGUGGUCAACGAGCAUUAUGCAGACUUUAACAGCGCAGUGGGCACCUAUCACAAAAUCCAGAACGCCAUUCGGGACAGUCAGAGUCGUGUGAGACAUUUGAAGCUCGGCUUGAUGAACGUGAAGGACGGCAUGCUGACGACGCGGCCGGAAUUGCGGACGCUUGCCGAACAAAGUGGUGAGCUCGACGACAUGCUAGUCACCUUGAGCAAGAUAGAGUCUUUCAAGCUUAUUCCGGGCAAGCUGGAAGAGAAAAUCAGCGAGAAGAAAUUCCUCGGCGCCGUCGACGUCUUGAUGGACAAUCUCACAAACAUCACCAAGAGCGAAUUCGACGGAAUUGGCGCCAUCUCCGAUCUUCGCAGCUAUUUCACCAACCAAGAGAGUACCUUACUGGAUAUCCUCAUUGAGGAGUUGCACGACCAUCUCUAUCUCAGAAGUCCUUAUUGCAAAGACAGGUGGAAGGGCAAGAAAGCCAACGGAGAAGAUCGAGAGCCAAAAGAAAAUAUGAUGGCUGUGGGUGUGAAUGUUUGGGACCGACCGUUCAACCACUACUUGAACAAUGUCGAUCUGACGACUCCUAUGGUGGAGGAUCCGACCAAGAACCCCGAAACCGACACCUUCUACUAUAUACACAUGAUCAUCGAAUCCCUCAACAAACUGGGUCAACUUGGCGAGGCGGUUUCGAGGAUCGAGCAGAGAAUGCCAAUCGAGUUGUAUAAGGUCGCCGAGAAAACUAACCACGACAUAGAUGCCAAAUACCCCAGUCAUCUGAGAGCGCAAUUUAACAAAGCAAAUCGAAAGACCUACUUGUUGCAGACGAACGACGGGAGGGUACAAGUGCUGUCCGACUUUCUCUGGACUCUAUAUUCCAAGUUCGAGGCCAUUGCUGAAAGUCAUCGGGUGCUCCACGAAGUGAUUGGAGGUAUCGCAGCAAGAGAGAAGGCGGCCAAGCCCGACAAAUAUACCACUGGCUUCAAAGAGCUCUGGAAAUUGUAUCAGUUGGAGAUGCGGUCGAUAUUGCACGACUAUCUGGCUACAGACGGCGAUCACACGACAUUACGGUCGGGGUUGUCGGGCUCUGCCAGCACCGAUAUUUUCGCUCGGCCCCAGCGGGACAAGAAUAAAAAGAUGUUCCGGCUGGCCGAAAUGGACCAGAAAUCAGAAUCCAUGAAAGCCGAAGAGGAUGAGUUGAACGAGAUCCUCAAGAGCUCAGUCCCAGGCCUCGUCAGCAAAUCCCGGGCACGAGACGGGACAGAUCUGGUUACAGACCGCUCUGGACAGGACAGCACUGUGGCGGGCCAUAAGUUGUUGGUUGAGGCCGGAGUCUUCAACAUGACCAUCUUGUUACCCCCGUCGCUGACGUUCCUGCAGCGUUUGAAAGAUAUUGUACCUUCAACCGCACAUAUCCCCAUGAGCACGUUGACCACCUUCCUCGACGAUUUCCUCAUCAAUGUGUUCCAUCCUCAGCUUGAAGAAGCGGUCACAGAGCUCUGUGCGCAGGCCAUGAUCGAUCUAGAAGCAUUCUCCGAAGACCCACAAUGGUCGAAGCACUCGCCUCAUCCGAUCUUCAAAGGGACAGGAUCCUUCAUGGCGCUGAUCCGUGCCUUUUCAGGGAUGCUGAGCUCAAUACCACAAGAUCAAAUAUUCACUCAGCUCAUUAUCGACCAGCUCGUCACGUAUUAUGACAAGUGUUACGGCUUCUACAAGGCCCUGGUGAGUCGUGUGGCGUCGUCAGAUCCGAACCAAAAUGGCACCAACACUUUGUCCACCAAAACAGCGGCCUCGCUUGCAGCAUCGGGCGAGGUCCAUGACGCCGUGCUGGAGUUGCUGAACUACAACAAAUCGACCUCUCAGGGGGUGUCUCGAUCCAGCCUGAUUGCCAAAGAGGUGCAGACGCUCCUUUCGGCGACGAAGACAAACCCGCUCUCUGCCUACGAUAUUAUUUCCGAUCCCAAAUCUGUCCACCAACUCUCUCUGCUCUAUAACAGCAUGCAAUGGUUGGGCGCCGCUUUAACACAGAUCCGACAUGUCGACAACAGUCCCCAUACGGGGCUCUCACAUGCAAGAAGCGGCUCACAGAACCGGAGCGUCCGGCGGUGGACAUUGAUCACCAGUCUGCGAAGUGGCGGAUCCAGCAAGUCGCCCUCGCAUUCUGGCGCCACGGUCCCAGUUUUCUUACCUCUCACGUCCGAAACGGCCAUUCCCUUCGAUACAGUUGUGUCCUCGUUUCGCUCCCUGGCUCAAACAUGCCUGUUGACGCUCCAUAUCGACGUCCGGUGUGGGAUCCUUCACCAAUUAUCCCGCACCUUGCGCGGGCCUGACUACAAUAACAACAGCCCGACCACCUCGCCCGAUAACCGAGACUCUGCGGGGGCUCUGCCUCUCGAUUCAGGACUUUACCCUUACGUCCUAUCUUCUCCGCCGUCUUCGGCGUCUCCGCUCAUCCUCGAACUCAACAACGACCUCAUUGCCUUCGAUUCCAACAUUGCUUCGUUCCUCGGCACACGGGAGAGGAAUUUCAUCCUGAAGGGGCUAUCGCAGCUCGUGGAUCGGUAUCUUGUUGCCGCCGCCGAUGCGAUUGGGGUAAUGAAUACCAAUGGGGCAGAGAGGGUGAGGAUUGAUACCAUGGUGGUGCAGCAGAAUUUGAGAGCUAUCCUUGCGAACACAACGAACAAGAGACGGAGCUGGACCAGUCAGAGCAAGGACCAAACUGGCCUGGGCAUUUCAACGGCUGAUGAGUUGGACGGCGAUGAAGACGACGGGCUGCUGAUCUCCUCCAGUCGCUAUUUCGACCUCUUUCUCACGGGUCCGGAAUCGAUCCUGCAAUACGUUCGGGACUGCAAAUCACAGAAGAAGGAUGUUGGAUACACUUACGAUGAGCUACGCACACUGGUCGAGUUGUGCUUCAGCGCGAAGCUGCGGGGCGAGGACCGCGAAGAGGCAAUCCGGGCGAGGAAAGGGUUGCAAGACGCCCUGUUGGGGUUGGGUGAAGGCAUGUGGGACAGCUAA